UCGAAGACAAUCACCCUAUCCCACUUUAACCCAUGAUGAAAUUAACAUUAAUACAAACAAUCCUGAUGUGAAAAAUCCUGAACAAAAUAUUGGUUGUACCAGCUCCACUGAGACAUCAUCUCUUCAACCACCACCUUAUGAGGCUACAAAUGAAGCACAAAAUCAGAGUCAAGACGAUUUCAAUAAUUUAUCAUCUAAUUUAUCAAAUCUGCUCUUGUUACGAAAUGAAAGUGAUGUCAGUAUGCAUGAUGUAGUAG